CCCGAAGAAAAAUCUAGGGGGUGGAUAUUUGUUUUGAAAAAUCAAAAAUAUCGAAAGUUGCUAGAUGUCAUUACAGUAUUACACUAGACGUUUGUGUAGCGUAUUUUCAGCAUCUAGAAAGUCGAGUUCACUAUCAUCAGUAAAAUGGAGUCUUCAAAUGAAUUUGUAUCUUCAAAUUCGAUUGCUGAAAGUCUCCCUGCAACCACAUCGACAUUGAAUAACUUCUUUAAUGAACCAGUUUUAGAUAUUUCGGAAAAUAACCUCUGUAGGACUAGUCCCAUUCCUUGGACAACAAUGAGUGAUACAAUUGUUGUCUCACCAGCAGCAGGUCUACCUGCUUUAAAAGUUAUUGUUUGUAGUGGAACUGAAACGCCGAAUCAUAUUGCUUACCAUGGCAAAUCUACAUUGGCUCCAUCAGCAGUCAGGUCUAAAUCAGUAUCCAAUCUCACAGAUGAGAAAUUGAAACACUCAGAUGAAGAGAUUCUACAGAUGAGGAACAAAUUGCUAGUUCUUGCUGAAUUUAGAAAUAAGGCCAUUUUUCAGUUGUUGGAGAAAAAUCAGAAAUGGACUCUUUCUCUCAUAUGCGUUGUGUAUUUUUUUUGUUUUUGUGCGAUUUCGAUACUUUCACCAUUUUUCCGGAAGAUGGCGGUUUUGCACAAUAUCUCUACAAGCACAUAUGGACUCAUUUUCAGUAUUCAUCCAGCAGUAGUGUUUUGUACAUCUCCUUUUAUUGGCCAUAUCACACCAUCAAUAGGACCAAAGUUUAUGUUUACGUCAGGUGUUUUCCUAUGUGGGAGCUGCAAUCUGUUAUUUGGAACCCUUCAGCAUAUUCAGGAUGAUACCCAAUUUACAAUCCUGUGUUUUAUUGUAAGAGGGUUAGGAGCUGUUGGAGCGUCCGCGUUCUCCACAGCCGGAGCUACUUACGUUGCUAACUUAUUUCCAGAUAAAAUCUGCGUGAUAAUGGGUAUCUUAGAGACGUUUAUUGGUUUAGGAUUUUCUAUUGGACCUUUAAUUGGCGGAGCUCUGUUCACUCUUGGAGGCUUUCAACUUCCCUUUUACAUUAUGGGUUUAGUAAUGCUCCUGACAUUACCAUUCAGUUUUUAUUUUCUCCCUACAACAAAUCCUACCAAUAACAAGGGAAUUCUUGGAACAAAGGUUUUUGUUAUUUUCAAAAUUCCUGCUGUUUUCAUUAUUUGUCUAGUAAUUGCUGUAUCGUCAAGUGCUUGGAGCGUUUUAGAACCCACUCUAAUUAUUCACAUGGAACAGUUUGAAUUGACUCCAAUGCAGCUCGGCUUUCUAUUUCUUGUGACGUCGAUUAGUUAUGCUAUUUCAAGUCCUUUUUGGGGAUGGUUAGUUGGUAAAUACGACAAUGGAAAUUCAAUGAUGACUAUCGGGUUAUCAGUCACCGCAAUCAGUUUGCUAUUGCUUGGACCUUCUCCUAUUUUACCGGGACUUCCUAACGUGUUAUGGCUUAAUAUUUUAUCCCUCGUCCUGAUUGGAGUAUUUGUAGCCUUGGCUUAUGUUCCAACUUAUCAGGCGUUGCUACAAUUCGCUACACAAGUAGGUUGCGACACGGAGUUAAGUACGUACAGCAUAAUUGCCGGAUUAUGGGCCUCCAUGUAUUCAUUAGGAGAGGUUCUAGGUCCAUGUGUCGGCAGUAUAUUAGUUGAUGCAUAUGAUUUUCCCCUGGCUAUAACGGUUAUCGGAUUAUUGAAUUUGGCAGUUGCACUACUAUUGCUGUUAAAUAUGUUAACAUCCAUUGCUAAAUCAAAAGCCGCAACUUCCAAUGCGCAGCUCUCAUUAUCAGAAGAUGGUCUACCCAAAGUCGUGCAAGUUGGAGUCACUUCCGCUUCCGAUGAUGUCAUCAUCGGCGAAAACGAACAGCUCAUUUCCAACUCAGAUUCUAAUCAUACAUACGGAACUUAUUAAAAUUUUUCCUUUUUGGUUGACAGCAGUUCUGCUUUUACGUAAAAUCUGCACAAAUCUCGACUUAUUAGCUUAGUUUUUUAGACAAAUGGAUUGAAAACCCCAUGUAACAAACCGAGAUUUUUUCUGAAAUUAUCCUUCAGGGCUGGUUUCAAUAAAAAUGUUAUCAAAA